UCAUGACCACAUAGCUGUUUUAUCAUGCUCAAGUGAUGGACUGUCUCAAACACAGUGGGGCAGGAGGGAACAGGCUGUCCUGCUCCUGCUAUAAAGCUCAUUUAGCACUGUGUUCUGCUCUCCACUCUCCACUAGUGCCAGCACUUCGUCUCCUCACAGGUGACACAAUGAAUGAUAUCUACAAAGCAGCAGUAGAGCAGCUCACCGAAGAGCAGAAAAAUGAGUUCCGCGCAGCAUUUGAUAUUUUCGUUCAGGAUGCUGAGGAUGGCUGUAUUAGCACUAAGGAGCUUGGGAAAGUGUUGAGGAUGCUGGGCCAGAACCCCACGCCAGAAGAACUCCAGGAGAUGAUUGAUGAGGUGGAUGAGGAUGGCAGUGGUACUGUGGAUUUCGAGGAGUUUUUGGUCAUGAUGGUGAGAUGCAUGAAAGAUGAUUGCAAAGGAAAGUCAGAGGAAGAACUGGCAGAACUCUUCCGUAUGUUUGAUAAGAAUGCAGAUGGUUACAUUGAUCUUGAAGAACUGAAGCUGAUGCUGGAAGCUACAGGUGAAACCAUCACUGAAGAUGACAUUGAGGAACUGAUGAUGGACGGAGACAAAAACACUGAUGGUAAAAUUGAUUAUGAUGAGUUCUUGGAGUUCAUGAAAGGGGUUGAAUAAAUAAUGAAGAAAUGUCUUCCUGGUGUUUCUCCCUGUAUUGUCUGUAUACAAAAGGAGAGUAAAUAUUCAAGCUUGAUAAGAAAGGUCAACAGAGAGUCCAUCAGUCCAUGAUGUAUCAUUAUUGUGCUUAUAAUUUUCAGGUCAAUAUUUUCAGAAGAUUUGGUUAUUUUACACGUGUAAACACUGAUGUCAAGGGCAAUUUGUGAAGACUUUGCUUGGGUUUAAUUUGUCUAAGUUAGACUUAUAGCAUUAAACUUAUAGCAUAGUUUUCAGUGACAGUAUUUAUUGGGCGGUGUGGUGUGUUGUAGUGGCUGGUUUUUUUGCCUGAAGAUUCAGUCCCCUAAAAAGCAAGCAAUGAGACAUACCACCCUGACCAAGACACUAAACCUCAGGUUACUCCAGGAGGACUUAACCUGUAAGAAGUGAACUUCCAGAAAAGUUCAACCCAAAUAUUCAGAUGUGUGCAGACCAUGACUAAAUGGAUGGGUGACUAGAAGUCAGAAAUAAAAAGAGAACUACAUUUUGAGCAUGUUUUCGGCAGGAUCUAAAAGAACAGUUGGCCGAGAUGACUACCAAAACAAACAUAAAAUCCAAGAUGCUACUGUUCAAAUAGAGGAAGCCAGACAUUCUUGAAGACAUCUGGCUUUCAGGAAGGUAUCCAGGAGAAAACUGAUGUUUUCAGGAGAGGAACAGAGGAGAGCUGACUUUUGUCUAACCCCGUCACGUAGAAAAUGUUGAACUAUACUAUACCGACUGUUCAUUAUCAGAUUGCAGAAUUAUAGCUAUGGGAAAUUAUAUAUUAAUCCCCCUCCUGACAUGAGAAAAUGUACGGAUAGGGAAUAUACUGAAUAGUGUCUGUAUUGUGUUAAAAUGAGCUUUGGUCAUAAAUAAUGACUGAUAUAAGUAGUGCUAACUUGUGCACCACGAUUCAUAGUUUGCCUUUUUUUUUUCUUUUUUUUUUUUCAUUGGUGAUUAAAGUCCACGUCAUUGUCACAAA